CGUCCAAAAGGAGGAAAUUAGCAUGAAAAGUAUGUCUACCACAAAAAUCAUUGUGGACACUUGCUUCAUCCACCCUUCAAUUACAAAGGGACUCAAAUUUUUACAAAGAGCGUAUUACUCUUGCCCAAAUGCCAAGCAAAAUCUUUCCCAAUCUUCCAACAGCGUUGCUUCCAUUGACCCCUUUACUCUCCAACACUCACAGAACCAAUCCAUGAACAACCAAAUCAAUGUCCACUGCACUAGCCAUCCCCAAAUUUCUUCUCCCUGCCGCCCAAACGACGAUGCCAACCAACCUAACACAGCUCCCUUACUUCUCCAAUCCUCUGAUGAACUCCGCAGCUUCAGAGUCAGCCUAAAAUGGUGGGCACUCGAUCACUCCUCAUGCUUCGGAAAAUUCCUAUCUUACUUCACCUUCAUCUUCUUAACAGUCCUAGUCCCAAUCCUCACCUCUCUCUUUCUCAAACUCCCAUCCGGGGACCCCAUCUCAUUCAACAAGCUAGUCCAACUUCCAGAGUCUGGCUUAGCUGCCAUUGGCUUCAUUACUCUUUCUUGCUUCUUCCGAAAAUAUGGCCUGAGGCAACUCCUCUUCCUUGACGGUCUUAGAGAUGACUCUGGCUUUGUUCGUCGCAGAUACACUCGUGAGCUCAAUAAGGUCUUCAAGUACCUAGCUUGCAUACUACUGCCUUCAUUUUUCAUUGAGCUUACCCACAAGAUCAUAUUCUUCUCAACUAUCCAACUCUCACUGCCUCAUAUAAGCUCAAGCGUCCCAGUCAAUUCAAUUAUGUUUAUUUUGGUUUUAGCUUCUUGGGUAUAUAGGACUGGGGUGUUCUUGCUGGUCUGUGUUAUGUUCCGGUUGACUUGCGAGCUCCAAAUUCUUCGAUUCAAAGGGUUGCACAAGUUGUUUGAGGGGCGUGAAUCUGAAUCCAGCAUCAUAUUCCAGGAACAGGUAAGGAUAAGAAAGCAAUUGUGGGUUACGAGCCAUAGGUACCGAUUCUUUAUCAUCGGAUGUAUGUUUACCAUCACGGUGAGUCAAUUCGGGGCCUUGUUGCUGGUUUUGGCAUCCAAGACGGAGAAGACUUUCCUCAACUCUGGUGAUCUUGUGGUUUGUUCUGCAGUCGAGCUUAGUGGCUUUUUUUGUUGCCUAAUGGAGGCAGCAAGAAUAACUCAUAGAGCUCAAGGAGUUGUAGCAAUUGCAACAAGAUGGCAUAUGCUCUUGACUUGUCCGUCUGCCGGAUCAGAACAGCAGUGGAAAAGCAGGCAGAUCAGCUCAGAGACUAAUACACGCUGUGGAGAGAGUGACUCCGAGCAUUCAUCUGACAUUUCCACUUCAGUUCCUCCACAGGAGCCUUCCUCAUUUCAAACCAGGCAAGCUCUAGUGGCGUAUUUGAGUCACAACAACGGAGGGAUCACGCUGUAUGGGUUUGCACUUGAUCGGGGGUUGCUUCACACAUUAUUUGCAUUUGAGUUCUCUCUGGUGCUGUGGGUGCUCAGCAAAGUGGUUGUUUUGUCUUAAGAACGACUUAGAAGUUUGCCGAUUGAAAGUUAACAAUGCUGGAGGCUGAAAAGCAGUACCAAUCAGAUGUUAUAUUGAAAUCUUUAUAUUUUUCAUGGACAAUACUAGAUAUUUAACAUUAAUAUAUACAUGAGGUAUUCAGCUUGAUGUUUGUGUCAGGUGCCCUCGAAGAGAAUCCACUACGAUCAAUUAUUUGCUGGCAAUAUUUCGUCAAUCUCCUGCGGAAUAUACAAGGUUGCCAAAAUAUAAGCUUCCUUUGAUAGAUGUCCAUUGACGAUUCCUCUUUGCGUGGUAGCACAUUGAACGAAACAGUUGUUCAUUAACUUUUGGGUAUUCCACCUAAAUCAAAAUAACAAGCGAUUAACUUGUGUUUAGCGCAUCAUAAUAAACAAAAAAUCAAAGCGUGUGGCAAUAAACUAGUUUUAUAUAAAUCCUACACAUUAGAUUUCGUAUGAGUAGUAAAUUUAACAAUACCAUGCAGGAUACAAAGGGUUGUGUGGGAAGCCCCUUGCGCCAUUGAGAUCUGAUGCAGGAGCAAAUUAAGGAAUUAUUUCUUAUUUUGUAUUAAGUUUUGUUAUUUAUUUUAUUUUUCAUAAUUACUAAUUC